UUAACAAUUAUUCAUCAAUACUAUAUGUAUUUUAUGAAAAAAAUUAUUAGCUUUUGUGAAUGGUAAUAUUGAUAACGGAGAAAGAGAAUACAUGUUAAAUACGUAGUCAUACAAAUUGCACGAGGCAAGGAAAAUAAUCAUGAAAUUAAAAAGGAGAGAAAUGGAAUUAAAAACUCAAAAGACACAAGUGUUGCGACUUACAUUAAAAAUUCUUAUGAUCGUUGGUUGCUGGUCGCCAGAUUCUCGAACGUCGUUUCAUAAACGCACCAUAUAUAACGCGUAUACGGUUUUCGUGAUUUUACUGUUAUACACAUUCAUGUUAUCUCAAUUGAUGGACAUCAUUUUAAACGUCAAUAAUCCCGACGAGUUCGCAGAUACCUUUUACAUCAUGCUCGCUAUAGUCAUUUCCUGUUGUAAAAUGACCGGACUCUUGAUUAAUCGCAAGAACAUAGAAACGUUUACCGAUAUACUUUCUGAGAAACCGUUCAUCCCUCUGGAAACCGACGAGAUGCAGAUUAGAUGCAAAUACGACCGAACGAUACAAAACAGUACUUUGUAUUACACGAUCCUGGUCGAGAUGACGUGCGCUUGUAUCGCAGUGACGUCGUUAUUUACAGAUUUCCGGAAAGAGCGUUCAACUGUCACCUAAGAUCUUCGAAAUGGGAUGGUUGUCGUUGGAUAAAAAUAUAAA